AUGAUCCAGGACAAAAUAUUGCAGUCAGACAAGCCAGCUCCAGUAAAUGAAUUUAAUACGGUUGGCGAAUUUAUUUGGAAAAAUCUACAACAAUUGGACCCGGAUCACACUUGCCUGGUGGAGGCGUCUACAGGGGUGUCCAUAACGGUUGAGGAACUCAUAGAAUCGGCGCAUAGUAUAGCCAAUGCUCUACUCGACAGAGGGGUCACCAAACAGUCGUUAAUUGCAUUUUAUGGGCCAAACACUAUACAACACGUUGUACUCCGUAUGGCGACCCUAUUCCUGGGCGUGACAUUCAUGCCCUUAAGUCCCACGUUUGAGAAGUACGAAGUGGAACAGGAGGUGAGGGCUGCCGGCGCUGACGUAGUCAUGACAUCCGCUCAAGACUUUCAUAAGUUUGAGUGGGUUUUGGAUGACUCGCGAAAUAACAACAAAAAUCCGGUGAAACUUGUGGUCCUUUUCGACGGCAAACACGAUAAGCACGUGACUUAUGAGGAGCUCCGGGAUGAGGGAAAGGGUUACGGUAUGACCGAGUACCCUGCCCUAGCUAGAAACCGGGAACAGGGAGAGUACAUACCGGGUAACUGUGGACAAGUCAGUGCGGGAACGGAGGUUAAAGUCGUCGACUUGACUACCGGUGAAAGUCUGGGCCCUAAUACCGACGGAGAGAUAUGCGUUCGCGGAGUCAAUCUGAUCGCCGGUUACCUCAAUAACCCGAAGGCCUGGGAGGCGGCGGUGGACGGGGAGGGCUGGUAUCGGACGGGCGAUAUCGGUCACUACGACGAGAAGGAACGGCUGUUUAUAACGGAUCGCCUCAAAGAAGUCGUGCGAAUAGGUGUCGAUAAUCACUACAUAAACAUCAGUCCCGUGGAGAUCGAGCAGUACGUACUGACCCACCCGGCCGUCGCUGAGGUGGCGGUGGUUGGCGUCAACAACAGGGCCGGCACUCAUAGACCCCGGGCUUAUGUUAAAGUCAAAGAGGGGCAUACAGUAAGUGCCGAGGAGUUGAAGAAAUUUGUGUCUGACACUCUGGCGUAUACUAAGCGACUGACCGGUGGUGUCGUAUUCGUCGAUCAUAUCAAUAGGACUAGUAUUGGGAAAGUGGACCGAAAAUACUAUAGAAAUCUUGUCAAGGACGAAAUACUUGAUUGA